AGGAUCUCCCUUGGGAUGCUGAUGCUGUCUGCCACACAGAUCUACACCAUCUUCACGGGCGUGCAGCUCUUCGCCUUCCUCAACCUGCUGCCCGUUGAGGCCGACAUCUCUGCCUACACAUUUGACAACAAGACAGGUAAUUUUGAUGACCUGCCUGCACGGUUUGGGUACCGGCUGCCCAGCGAUGGACUCAAGGGCUUUCUGAUUGGUGCACGGCCCGAAAAUGCCUGCGAGCCCAUCGACCCGCCCCCUAUCCGGGACAACCUCACUGGCGCCUUCAUCGUGCUCAUCAAGCGCUUCGACUGUAACUUCGACAUCAAGGUGCUUAAUGCCCAGAAGGCCGGGUACAAGUCGGCCAUUGUUCACAACGUGGACUCUGAUGACUUAAUCAGCAUGGGAUCCAAUGAUCUGGAUAUUUUGAAGCAAAUCGACAUUCCAUCAGUGUUUGUUAGUGAAGAGACUGCCAACUCUCUGAAAGAAGACUACACAUACGACAAGGGGGGUCAUGUGGUCCUCAUGCCAGACUUCAGCCUGCCUCUGGAAUACUACCUGAUCCCCUUCCUCAUCACCGUGGGAAUCUGCCUCAUCCUCAUCGUUGUUUUCAUGAUCACCAAGUUUGUCCAGGACAGACACAGGGCUCGGAGAAGCCGUUUGCGCAAGGACCAACUGAAGAAACUCCCCAUUCACAAGUACAAGAAAGGCGACGUCUACGAUGUGUGCGCCAUCUGCCUCGACGAGUAUGAGGAUGGAGACAAGCUCCGGGUUCUUCCCUGCUCCCACGCUUACCACAGCAAAUGCGUGGACCCCUGGCUAACCAAGACCAAGAAGACAUGUCCCGUGUGCAAGCAGAAGGUGGUCCCCUCCGCAGGCGACUCGGACUCGGAGGACGACAGCGGGACCGAGGAGAACGAGGUGUCUGAGAGCACUCCGCUGCUACGCUCCCAGGCCUCCGCCAGCGGCCACUCCUUCGGCACCGCGACGGGGGCCUCUCGCUCCGAGCCCGAUCAGGAGUCCUCGGAGUACGAAGACACCAGCGACGACAGCGAGGAGGAGGACGUCACCGUGGAGACUGAGACGGUGGUGGUCCAGCUGCAGGAGCCUCGUCCCGAUGACCAUGACGCGCCUGAUUGGUUGGCCUGAGUUGACGGACAGGUGACCCGGUUUCCCACGCCUCUCCCUCCCCACUCACCCUACAGGCUUGCAGCAGCAGAGACUCACGCUGGAGACUCACCCGUGACUGUGUGUUUCAUUUGGAAGUCCCCGUUUAAUAAAAAAAUUAGUUUUAUCUCCCACUUUAAGUUUAGAAUGCAAAUCACCAUAAUAAUCUGUUUGUUGUAUGUUUAACCUGAUUACUGAGCAGUGUCAUCGUGUGUUUUGGGCUAACCGACGACAUUGAUUUCACAGGAACAUUGCAGUAGACUGCACUGCAUUUCACUGUAGUUAAGUCUGUAUGGGGUGGUAAGAACACCGGAGACAAUCCUCCGACUGCGGUUACACUCAUCACUGUGAGAAAGGGCUCGACACCAACUACGAAGGAAUGCGUUGUGUGUGUGUGUGUAAAAAAAAAAAAAAUGUAUAGAUCACUAUCCGUAACAUCUUAAAACAUUAUUUUGGUAGCCUGCGUAUCUGUAUGCCUCUGUAUCAGAAGGUGAGGAGUUCUAAUAUUGUAUAUAUAUAUAUAUAUAUACACACUUACUGCUUGUAUAGAAAUAUCAAGCAGUAUUCAGCAGCCUUUUAUAAAUGGAUUGAACUGAUCUUUCCCAUAAGGUAUAUAUAGAAACGAGGCCAUGGGAACAGGGUUUUGGUCAAUCGGUCUCGAGCCAGAGAUAAUGGAGUCGUAGAGUACGAUUUGGAUACGACUGAGCUGGUACGUUGAUAAUGCAAAGGCCAAAACAACCUGUUUGUGGUGCUGCAUUCAGCCAAAGGAAGUUGUUAGUUUGCCCCAAUGUUAUGUGUUUCCUCUCAGAAGUCAAUAUGUAAUACAAGCAGAAUGGGGGUGGGGAGACCGUUAUGUUCAGAUUAAUACCCACGUCUACACUGCUAUACAAGCAGCCUGUUGGCUUAAUCUAGACAUACCAGAGAGAUAAUUUCCCUGAAAUACAAGACAUCAUUGGUAGAUAGGUCUUGAUCUAGACAUACCAGAGAGAUCAUUUCCCUGAAAUACAAGACAUUAUUGGUAGAUAGGUCUUGAUCUAGACAUACCAGAGAGAUCAUUUCCCUGAAAUACAAGACAUCAUUGGUAGAUAGGUCUUGCCACAUGUAUUUGGUGUCAUAUCAUUAAUACUGUAAGUAGGUAGUUCAAGUAUACAGAACUAAAAUAUACAACGCAACAUGUAAAGUGUUGGUCCCAUGUUUCAUGAGCUGAAAUAAACAAAUCCCAGAAAUGUUUCAUACACACACACACACAAAAAAAUCUUGUUCUGUGCACAUUUGUUGACAUACCUGUUAGUGAGCAUUUCUCCUCUGCCAAAAUAACCCACCUGACAGGUGUGGCUUAUCAAGAAGCUGAAUAAACAGGAUGAUCAUUACACAUGAGGACAAUAGGUCACAACACAACGCCACAUGUUUUGAGAUAAGUGUGCAAUUGGAAUGUCCACCAGAGCUAUUGCAAGAUACUUUAAUGUUAAUUUCUCUACAAAAAGCUGCCUCCAACUUCAUUUUUAGAGAAUUUUGCAGUACGUCCAUCUGUCCUCACAACCACAGACGACGCCAGCCCAGGACCUCCACAUCUGACUUCUUUACCUGUGUGGGGGGGGGGGGGGGUUGCCAAGGAGUAAAGCUCUUUUGUAGCGGAAAAACUCAUUCCGAUUGGCUGAGCCCGGCCAUGUGAAAUCCAUAGAUUAGGGCUCAAUGAAUUUAUUUCAAUUUACAUAUGAACCAAGUCAGUAAAAUCUUUGAAAUUGUUGCAUGUUGCAUUUAUAUUUUUUCCCCUAACAUGAAGCGUUUCGUUAAGUCCUUGUUGCCUUUCCUUUCUAUGUGAUAUGUCUUACCACUGUCUACUUUCAAUCUAAUUUCACUUCAAUAAACAAACACAUUUGUUACGUCUACAGAA